AUGGGUCAAGGCCCAUCACACACUGCUGGAGUACCUCCAGCUGCAGAACAAGAAAACAAUCAAGAGAUGAUUUUAUCAAAAUGCUCUAAUGAUAAAUUUAAAGACUCUUAUUUCACCCAAAACACCCAUCAAAACUUCUCUACUAUCAUUGCAAAACUUACUAUAUUUCAGCUUAAUCACAUAUUAUUUCACCUGAAACACCCAUUGAAUUUAUAUCACAACCUUCAUCUCAGUUCAACUGAAUACUUAGAACUAUCAGAGCCAAUGUCCGACUCAUUCUCAGCAGCUUCAUACUCAGCAGGUCAAAUCUGCGAGUACUCAGACGGGUCUCAAUCUGAUAACGACAUCAAUGUGGCCAGUCCAAUAGUUCAAGAUACGGUGGUUGAAUUUCAGUCUCAACCACAACUACGAUUGCCAGUCGAUAAAUCACAAUUUGCCACCUUUGUUGACCAUGAUUGUGUCAUCAACGAACAAGGCUACCCAAUAUAUCCCAAUGGGCAAACUGUAUACGUCAAGAAGCCCGAAGAUCGAGUUAUCAACUUUUGCCAUAUCGCAUGGUCCCAUACGAUGCGAACGGAGCCAUCAACCAAUAAGAAGUGGAUUAUACGUCAAUACUACUGUAUUGGAGUUAUGAGAUGCUCCAAUCCAGACUGUGAGCUUCAAGCUCCACCGCCCACGAACCCCAAGAAGCUUGCUGAAAGUGUAGCAUUGCCAUGCACUAUAUCUGGCUGUGAUGGUAUUCAGGUACACUUUGAAUGUCACGCUCGAUGUCGAAUUGAUCAGGAAGUCGAUGAGAAGGACCCCAAUUCUGAUGCUACUUGGUCAUUAUUGCGUCAUCAAGGUAUCCACCAUCAUCCAUGGCCUGACUCAAAGAAAGCGGACCCUCUUUCAAAAGAUAAGCUAAAAGAUAGAAUCAUUCAAGAUCCCAAGACAGGACCUUCGUCUUUAAAGGUGGGUCGUGCACACACUGGAACUGAACCUCUCGCCCCGGUUUCCGAAAUACAUCCUUCUUUCGCACAUAUCGACCACCUAGGAUACUUGCGCCGAGAUAUCCUAGUAACACAUGGUUUGAUGAGUGAUAAGAAUGACCCCGAAGGGGGCAAUAAAUGGCUUUUAGCAAUUGUUCAUUGGGCAAGGCAGGGCAUGCGAAUGGUGUCAGUUUCCCUCUUGCCCGAGAAUACCCAUAUGUCUUUGCAGACUGAGUGGAUGGCCGAGGUUCUGGUAUAUCAAGAUAAAAAGAAACCUGAACCAUAUACUGGCGGCUUACUCUCUGACGUCACCUAUCGAUUUUUCGAGAGCGGCUACCUCCUGACGACUUCGAUGUACAACGAAAAAAUUGAAAGAUGGGUUCCUGUCCUGCAAACUUGGCUCCACGAACUUAGCAGCAGUCACUACAAGUCUCAUUUUGUAGCUUUAUUACAACAAAUUCAAAAAUCAUCACUAUCUGAUGAAGACAAGGGCCUCUUAUGUGAACAAGUUGUUGACUUCUCACAAGCUCAACAAGUCGGCUUCAUAGACGCUUACAUGGAAGUUUUCAACAUCUAUGAUCGCAAUGUUGCACUUUCUAAGCUACACGGUUGUGAGCAACACUUUUCGCAGGCAAUAACCCGGAUUAAGAAGAAUACCUCGAUAGUUAAGCCACAUUUACAGGGACUUUGGGUAACCUUAUGUAAAGGUUUGCUUUUACCGGACAAACCCGAUAAAGACCUUGACGCAAGAUUUGAAGAGUUGCGCCGCCUGUUUCCAGCAGCCAAAAAAUGGAUUACCUGGUGGCAAUUAGCCGACACUCAAGCGAUGUUAUUCCCAGCUCGGAAACGAAUGGAACUUGAUGAUCCUCCUUUGGACGGAGAAGAAGACAACAACUUGGAAUCUCGUCCAAAAGUCAAGCGUGGCAAGAAUACGAAACCUCGUCGCAGAGCGGAAUUGCCAGCAACUACCAACGCGCAGGAGUUGAUGCAUUGCGUCUAUUACAUGCUCUGUGAGGGUAAAUGUACAAUGAUUGCUGGUAUGGUUCAGCUGUUAGCGUUGGCGCAAAGUCUAGAGCAAGAUUAUAGGGCGGAGAGAAAGGGUAUUUUGAUUGCUUAUGGUUCAAGGAACAAAGGUUGGGAAGAUGUCGUGGUAUCUUUGGGAAUGGUCAGACCAACCAAACGCAAAUACCAACCAAACAACAACCGUGCUCCCGAUACAACUGAAGAGCUUCUCUAUGAUGGCAAGAAGACCGGUACUAAAAGAAGAAAAACCAAAGGCCCUGGUCGACCAAAGGGAUCUCAAAAUAUUAUACGGCACGCCUUAACAACAUACCAAUCUUAUACGCAAGGAACUACUCCAGGCAAAUUGAAUUGCUGCUGGCUAUCGUCCACCUUGGAAUGUCUUUAUGCAAUGUUUGGGCCCUUAUGGGGUCAAUUUGCUACGGUCAAUGGCUCCAAUUUAUUCACGGUACUAAUGCAACAUUUCACUAAGAGAUUCAAAACGGAACUUAACAAACAAUCAUCUCUCAGCAAGGUCCUUUCACAAGGUCAAACGCUUUUGCAUGAAGCUAUACUAGAUAUGGACGACUGGGCCAAAGUUGCAUUCAAGUUAGAUCAACCCGCUUCUGUUGACGGAUUUAUGCAACGUCUAAUGCAGGAUGACACACCCAAACAACCUUCUCUUGCUCGGCUGUUUUCGAUUCCAAUCACCAAGACAGUCGUAUGUACGCAUGAAAACGCACAUGUGGAGAAAGAAACCACCAAAUCAAGGAACAUGCUUCACAUUACAACUUCAAUGUUUAGGGAUGCUUCAAUUGGUUACGAAGACACCGCACUCUUGACAACCAGAUGGGCAACUGACGGACUCUUUUAUUCAACCGGCCGUGUUUUUUGCCAAUGUCAUCCAUUGGACACAGAUCAACCAAAAGAUGGGGAUCUUGCUACGCUGGUCAAGUGUAUCAAGCUCAAUCUCACCAACGCUAAAGUGGCACCUUUACACUUGUAUUUUCACUUAGAUGGUGUUGUGGAACUUGAUGCGGCAGAGCGGAACAAAUUCAUGGAUCAAACCGAUUGGCCAGCACGUUUUUUGAUUGGUGAAGUUGAUUAUCACAUAGUUACGCGUGGAUAUUGGGCAAGUGGGCAUUAUUGGUGUAAAGUAGCUCGUUCAGUAGAAGGUAUAAUGGGAGUAUGGCUUUACGAUGAGCUUAGGAAUGGAGGUUUUGCACAACUAAUAGAGCGCAAUGUAACUCUUCUGGCCGGGUGUGAUCGUCACACCUCCUGGAUAUCAAUUUCAAUGCCAAGCGACAAAAUGCCUUUUGGAGGCGGCCUACCUCCUCUCAAAGGUGAAAUUGAAACUGGAGUCGAAGAAGAAGAUGCUGAUGCUCCUACAUCUGAUUGCGAGGACGAGGAGAAUCAGGUUUUGCAAUCUGACAAUGCUGAACAAGUCAAAGUCAAACCUCCAAUCAUGAUCAAAAUGAAAAUGCCAAAACUAGUAACUAAAGAUGUUACACCUGCAGAAAAGCGCAAGGCUGCUGCUGAAAAACGCAAGACAGAACAAAGUGAGAUCGUGGUUAAACCUUCAGCCAAAGAAAAACGUCAGGCUGCGGCUGUCAAACGCAAGGCUGCAGCAGCUGAAAUUAACACUUCAUUGUCGAAGUCAAACACUGGCAAAAAGGCCACUGCAAGGGGAAGGAAGGCUGGAGCUGGAAAGAAGGCUAACACUGGAUAG